CUUCUAUAUAUACUAACCAGCCUCUGCCUCCUGCCUCCACAUCACCUGCUUUCUUUACCGUAUAUUCCUCUCAUCUCCUUCUCCAAUUAAAAGCUAGCAUUCUCAUCUGAAAAUGACUAAUAUCCAGCAAGUGGUUGUUUCAGUUCCCAAAUCCGACGUAGCCGCCGUGGAAAGUGCAGCCUUGCCGGCUGGACCACCGUUUGGUGGCAGUUUUAAGGUGGAAAUCCCCACUGCGGCAUUGUUCGAAUCCACGUCCGAGGAAUCUUCGCCCACAUCCUGCCAGUCCCAUGAUCUAAGCAAUUCUUGGAUUUUGAGUCACCCUUCUGCUCUUAGCAAUUUUGACGAAAUAGUGAGAUCUUCGAAAGGAAAGAAGAUAUCUAUGUUUCUUGAUUAUGAUGGUACACUUUCCUCCAUUGUUGAAGACCCUGACUUAGCUUACAUGACCAAUGAGAUGAGAGAAGCUCUGAGGAACAUUGCAAUGCAUUUCCCUACAGCUAUAGUGAGUGGAAGGUGCACGGAAAAGGUAUACGAUUUUGUGCAGCUAUCACAACUUUACUAUGCUGGAAGCCAUGGAAUGGACAUUAAGGGUCCAGCAGAAGGAAAUACGCAGGCUGUUCUCCACCAACCAGCCAUAGAAUUUAUACCCAUGAUUGAAGAGGUAUAUAAAGUAUUACUGGACAAAACCAAAUCUAUCCCAGGAGCUAGAGUAGAAAAGAAAAAGUUUUGCUUGUCCGUGCAUUAUCGUUGUGUUGAGAAAAAGAAAUGGAGUGAGCUUCGUGUCCUAGUACGAGCUGUGACCAAUGACUACCCAAAGCUUGGAUUAUAUGGAGGGAGUAAGGUUAUAGAGAUUCGUCCCACUAUUGAUUGGGACAAGGGAAGGGCAUUGGUGUUUUUGUUGGAAGCAUUGGGUUUUACAAAUUGUGCUGAUGUUUUCCCAAUUUACAUUGGUGAUGAUCUCACGGAUGAAGAUGCCUUUAAAGUUUUGCGAGAAAAAGGACACGGCAUUGGAAUCUUAGUCUCGGAAUCUCCCAAAGAAACGAAUGCUUCAUAUUCUCUCAAGGACCCAUUUGAGGUUAUGGACUUUCUCAAACGCUUGGUAGAGUAGAAAACAUUCAAGAUCCUCAAUAAGACAAUGAAUCAAGGGAAUGGGUGUCCUUAAAUUGCUAGCAAGCUAAACCUAAUAUAUAUCUGGAGAACCACAACUGGACUUUAUAUAUAUAGUAAAGUAAUAACUGGACCGACUAAGUGGCCGGUGGGGAGGUCGAUCGAAGCGCAUGCUCAUGCAAUAAUUCACACAACUUUACAUAUCAGAUGCAUAUGUGAUGUAAUCUUUUUGUUGAUUGAUUGCAAUUAGUGUUAAAUCAUAUCACACUGCUCAAAUAUGAAUGAAGCUGCGAUUCAUCUAACUCAG